CGAGCCGCAAGGUGUUCUGGGAAACUCGUACACAUACAGCACGGUCGCCAUAUUUGCUUGAAUUUACUAACUUGCACUAGAGGGAAAAAUAUCAACAUUGCGCUGUUUUAUUUGUGAAUAUCAGACGUGUUUUUUGCUGUAGGUUGCGGAACGCGAGAGGCUGCAGCUUCUCUGUGUCUGUAGCUGCAGUUUCUCGGCGGUUUAUUUGGCAGUGGUAGUUUAGCCAGAGCAGAAAUGGGGCGCUCGAGGAGCCGCAGCUCGUCCCGGUCAAAGCACUCGAAAAGCGGCAGCAAGCACAGCAAAAAGCGCGGCAGCCGCUCCAGGUCCCGAUCCAGAGACCGUGAGAGGAGCAAGAAACGCUCCCGGAGCCGAGAGGCCAAGAGGAACCGACGGCGGGAGUCGCGCUCCAGGUCCAGGUCGAACAGGGAGCGGGCGAGGGGGACGUCUCCGGUGGACAGAGUGGACAUGUUCGGCCGCACGCUGAGCAAACGCACCGCCGCCGAGGAGAAGCAGAGGAAGGAGGAGGAGGAGAAGAAAGCUGAGAUGGAGAGACAGAGGAAGAUCCGUCAGCAGGAGAUCGAGGAGCGUCUGAUCGAGGAGGAGACGGCGCGGAGAGUGGAGGAGCUGGUGGCACGGCGCGUGGAAGAGGAGCUGGAGAAGCGGCGCGACGAGAUCGAGCGCGAGGUGCUGCGGCGUGUCGAGGAGGCUAAACGCAUCAUGGAAGCACAGCUUCUUCAGGAGCUCGAGAGACAGAGGCAGGCCGAGUUGAGCGCACAGAAAGCCCGUGAGGAGGAAGAAAAAUCCAAACGGGAGGAACUGGAAAAAAUUUUGGAAGAGAACAACAGAAAGAUCGCUGAAGCUCAGGCUAAGCUGGCCGAGGAUCAGCUGCGCAUAGUGGAGGAGCAGCGAAAGAUCCAUGAGGAGCGAAUGAAGCUGGAGCAGGAGAGGCAGAGACAGCAGAAGGAAGAGCAGAAGAUCAUCCUGGGGAAGGGCAAGUCCCGACCUCGCCUCUCCUUCACGCUCAAAGCCACAGACUGAUCGCGCACUCCAACCCUCCCUCCUGUCCCUCAUGUCUCUCUCUCUUUCUUUCUCUCUCUCUCUUUCUCUCUCUCUCCCUUGCGCUCUCUUUCUGGAAGAUAACUUCAUGUUGAAGCAAAUCUCUAGACAUUUUCCAAAGAGAGGUUACUCCUGCCCUCCGUGUCUCUCCUCUGGGUUCGAACAAACUUCACAAACCCCCAGUUGGGGAAACGUUUGACAGAUUCUCCCUGACUCAAGGCUGGACUUCGCUGCCACCUCCACAGACUCUUACUUUUAGUGGCUUUUAUGUUUUGCCAGUGCUGUGUAUAGGAUGCUUCCUUUUUUCCCCAAAUAUUGGGAAAUCCAUUUUGUUUUUACUGGAUUGCAAAAGCAAUGAAAAGGGUGUGUGUUUGUGUGUGUGUGUGUGUGUGUGUGUGUGUGUGUGUGGGGCCCCUUGAUUUUGAAGAUUCAAGCACAGUUUCUUGUCCACAGCUUGAAGCUAUCCAUUUGUGUAAUGGGGGUAAAAAUGCGUCGGAAUGAAACUGGUGUGAGGGUAAUUUGAACUGUAACCUGGCGAGUGUGUAUGUAGUAUGCGGCCAGUUUUUGUUUUUUUUUGUUUUUUUGUGAACACCGUAAACCAUGGCGAGAUUCUGAAUGACCUGUCCUCCACUGUGCCCUGCAAGUCAUGUUAAUUGCAGUAUGUCCUGUUUGAUUUGCUAAUGUGAGAAUCUGGCAAAACAGUGGAGGAGAUGUGCGCUGACUGUGCUGAUUCGGAUUCGUUUAGACAGUUCAUGUGUGGGUUAUGCAAAUGUCUACUGUUCCUACAAGGAAAUCAGGAGCUGCAGGUAAGAUUGGUUAGGGCGUGGGUGUGUGAUUGUGUGUGACUGUGUGUGUGUGUGUGUGUGUGUGUGUGUGCAUGUGUGUGCGUGUUUGUCUGUAUGUUAGAAGCUAGCUUAUCAUAUUGUGGACAAUUUUCCCCUGUCUUGUAAAUUGGAGCUGAGUCAUUCAUUAAUAAAUCCUGCAAAUAGGCCGCCUUGUCAGAUUGA